CUGCCAGUUGCUUCCUCUUUCUCCAGUACGACUGCAAGUUUUUGCCAUUUCUGCAGCUCCCAGCGCCGGUUGAUGUUGUCGUUUUCUUAAUGUUUAAACAAAAAACAAUUGAGCAUCAAACUAUAUAGGUCACCGUCAAUCAUUUAGCUCCUGUAGUGGUCUAGUAGGCUCUAUUUAACGUGGGCUGGUUUUUGAAGCUUAAACUGGAAGUGGGUCUCGGUUUUUACAGGUUCAGCUGCACUGGAAGUGGAAAUAAGAGAAGGAGCUUAUCUAGGAGGAGGUUAGGGCUUACUCGGUCUGGUCUCCUUGCUGCAAUGCCGAUGUCUCGAGAAGAAUCCUAUUAUGAAGAGGUUUCUACGCAGCAGAGCUUAUUAUUCUCUGAUAGUCUCGAGGAUUUGAAAAACCUGAGAACACAACUCUACUCAGCAGCCGAGUAUUUCGAGCUGUCCUACACUAAUGAUGACCAUAAGCAGAUAGUGGUAGAAACAUUAAAGGAUUAUGCCAUAAAAGCUAUCGUGAACACCAUAGACCAUCUUGGUUCUGUGACAUACAAGGUUAACGAUUUUAUGGAAGAAAAGGUUGAUGAGGUUUCUGGAACAGAGCUUCAGGUAUCUUGUGUCGAAGAGAGAGUGCAAAAUUGCCAAAAAUAUAUUGACCGUGAGGGAAUUUCCCAACAGUCCUCCAUGAUUAUAACACCGAAGUACCAUAAGCGGUACAUCUUGCCAGUUGGAGAGACCUUGCACGGUGCAAACCAAACCAGGUCUAAAUAUCAAGGAUGCAGUCUAGACGGUGAAGAGAACUGCCAUCGGUUUAGGAGUGCGAUUCGAGCUAGAAUUAGGGAAACCCGACCGCCACCAUCUUCUUUCAAGGAAACCUCAGCAUCUUCAAUCAGAAAAGGACGUUCUCCGUCACCUUCUCCUCGGCCUCUACAGCGAUCUGCAACAUUUUCCUUUACGGCAACAAUGCCGAAGAAAGAACUAGAGAAGCGAACAGGAUCACCUCGUCGAUUUCCACGUUUGAGUUUUGGCUCUGAUAGCAGGGCAACAACCCCCAAAAAGAGCCGGUCAAGUACUCCAAAUUCGGCUGGUGCAAGGCAACGGUGUCCAUCGGAGCCUCGGAAAUCGGCUGUCAUGCAUCGGGAAUCCGAUAAAGACAACGCCAAAGACAUCGAACAAUAUCCCAGCAAAAGUAAAAGACUCCUGAAAGCCUUUUUUAGCCGGCGCAAAUCAAAGAAAGAUGAUAUGUUGUACACUUUUUUGGAUGAAUAUUGAGGGGA